AUUCUUGAGCCGCGUAUAAUGCGCACGUAUUCCUGACUGCAUGUAAAACAACUGUAUAUUUUAGUUUAUAUAUAAAAAAAAUGUUUUUUUAUGUUUAAUAUGUUUAAACCGAGUACGUGUUAGACAGAUUAAACCGUAAUUUUGUUUACGAUCUGUACCACAUCAAAGCUAAAUAUAGAAUUAUAAUAAUAUAAUUUAUAGUCGCUCAAAAUUAAAUGAUAUAUUACUUGAUUGAAAAGGCAAAAAAAAAAAAAAAAAAAAAAGAAGAAGAAAAAUUGGAGUGGUGAAAACAAGAAAGAAGAAAAGGAAGCGAAGAGGUCAUAAUGGAAACCGAGGCAAAGUCGAAAGAGGCUGAGCCAGCAGGUGAGGACACAGAGAAAGUCGACGCAGAAUCUACGUCUCACACGGAUGCAGGAAAUGCCACAACUCAGGACUCUAGUAUUAGCAAUGGGGACGACGCUGACGACGGGCAGGAAACAGUGGACUUGAAGAUUAUCUGGAACAAGAACAAAUAUGAUCUGAAAAUUCCUGUUGAUAGCACCGGAGCCAAACUAAAAGACAGGAUCCACUCGCUUACAGGUCUUCCACCGGCAAUGCAGAAAGUGAUGUACAAAGGACUGCUUCCAGAGGACAAGACGCUACGUGAAAUAAAGAUUACAAAUGGUGCAAAAAUAAUGGUGGUAGGCUCUACAAUAAAUGAUGUAUUAGCUGUAAACACACCCAAAGAGGUCAUUCAGCAAGAAGUUAAAGCUGAAGAAAAUAAGAAGGAGCCUUUAUGCAGGCAAAAGCAACACAGGAAAGUUUUGGACAAAGGUAAACCAGACGACAUCAUGCCAGCUAUUAAAGGAACGAAGGAACGAUUACCGACAGUGCCUUUAUCCGGAAUGUUUAACAAAUCCGGAGGAAAAGUUAGACUCACUUUCAAACUGGAGCAAGAUCAGUUGUGGAUCGGAACAAAAGAGAGAACGGAGAAAGUUCCAAUGGGCUCCAUUAAAAACGUAGUGUCUGAACCCAUCGAAGGCCACGAGGACUAUCACAUGAUGGCUUUUCAGUUGGGUCCAACGGAAGCGUCUCAGUAUUGGGUGUACUGGGUGCCUGCACAGUUCGUCGAUGCAAUCAAAGACACAGUCCUUGGAAAAUGGCAGUAUUUCUAAUGUGCCUCUUUUUUCUGACAAUGAUGAACUGGGAUUGAGAGGAACAGCCAAUAAAAAAAAAAAAAAAUGAAACUGGAGUCAACAGUGAGGCUUAAAGGAACUUCUCUGGAUAUAUAUCCGAAGGAAACUGACAGAUGCCUGUGGACUAAUCAUAUUCUUUUUAGGUUUAAAGUGCACUAUGUGGCAGCAUAACAUUUCUCAGCCCUGUUGAUCAUUCAAGGUUUUCAGCAAAUGCAAGGGAAAACUAUAAAAAAAAAAAAAAAAAAAAAAAUUGUACAGAAAUUGCUAACACGUUUCUUCAGUUAUUCUUAAAGAAAUAAAAGUUAUUUAAUGAAAUGAAUGCGCCAGGUCAUUGUUGUCUCCAUUCUCUGGUUCUCUACAUCUAAUAUCUCUUAACCGUUAGAUUAACUUCUUACUUGAGGAUGAAUGCGUUUUUUUCCCAGUUCGUCUUUGCAAAACUCCUCAAACUGUCCAGCCGUAUAUUUGCUGUGAGUGAACAGCGAUACUCGAGCCCUGUCACAGAUUGUGGGUUAGACUGACGUCUGGAAUCAGCCCCUCCGCAACUUUUCAGGCUGUUCCUGUGUGCUUUUGGCUUUUUAUUUUGGGGUCGUUGUCUUGCUGAAAAAUAAAUCCCCACACUGCAA